AUGACGGAACCAAUACGAUCCAGUGACGUUCUCUACAACAUUUUGGAUGUCUUGCAGCGCAUCGAAGUGAAGCUGGAAGGGCACGAAGAUCGGUUCAAGAGCUUGGAAUACCACACGCAGACCAGCAAUGGAGGGAGAAAAGCAGAAGGACUCGGUGGCAAUGCCGAUACCUCAAGCGAGACUUCUCGGACUGCAGAGAUAUUCAACACCUCUGCCGAAAACUUGCGGUCUUCGAGGAAGGGGACACCUACGAGCGAUGACUUGCCAGAAGACAUCAGCACUGCGCUCAAAAUUCCCUAUAGUCAAUGGAGCAUCAACCAAUUAGACCGCUUCUUCAACCUAUCCCUUUCAAAUUUACUUGAAGCCCGUCUCGGGGACUGCUGGAAGAUGCCCGACGAUGACCGUCUACCCCUGAAAUUUUUCAAAACCAAUAUUCUGAAGAGCAGUGGUCCUUUCCGAGUACCGAUAGACAGCUACCCUACAUCCAGACAACCUUUUGAGCGGGAUCUUGAAUUUCUUUGUCAGUUCGACAAUGAACUGAGGGCCCACCCAGGCAAUGAUUUCAUGGUGGUUGAUUUCGACGCGGCGGACGGCACGAGACUAUACAGGCUAGGUGAACAGGCUUUUGGAUCAGAGCUACAAGUCGAAGCUCAAGGCUCAAAGAUUGCGCCAUGGUCGAGGUUGAUAUUGUAUCAAGGGGCUACUACUGGCGAAAGCAUCUACCCGACCGAAAAGAGGGCCCCGCGACAGCCUAUACCAUACUUUACGAGCACAGACAAGAUACUGGGAUUAUGGGAUCACUUGGAUUACCACUUGCAGACCAAGCGGAGAGGUACCACAACGAAUCCCUAUGCAAACGCUUGGAACGGUUUUCACACCAAUUUUUACGAAAUACGUGAAGUCACAGAAUGGCAGGUCAAGGAGUUUUGGAAGCAUGGUCCUCUAUACGGACAUCCUCUCGGCUGGCAUUUCCGCAAAUGCGCUUACACGAUAUACUCGCCAGUGGCUGUGGAUGCGGUACAACAUCCUGAUCAUGUUCUUAGCAAGACCAACCAAUAUUGGACUUUGCUUGUGCUUGCGCCAGAUCGCUUCUUCAACGACAAAAAUACAUCUUUUCCUAUGGGUCCUUCAUCGCCUGGCAAAGCGCAAGCCUUAGGCUACGCCCUGGGUAGACUCACUCAGCCGGGCGCUGAGCUGAAUCUUAUUGGUCAGGGACUAGAGAGAAUAACUGAUCGUUGGGCGGAGUUUCUAUCCUACUUUGACUAUAUACUUGAUGGUGGCGACUCUCUUAUGAAGCCAGCAGAGCACGACAACCUACUAUUCGAUGACGGCGCGUUCUCGAGGUCAAGACGUUACUUCUGGGCCAUCGACUGCUUGUCCGAGUUCGAACUCAGUAUCACGGACAACAUCACCCAAUGGGAGCUGUAUAAGGCUGCUCGACUACCUUGGGUGAAAGAUCUGCCCGAGCAUGACCAGCGUCAAUUAGCUUUUGCGGAAAGGCAGUACCGCGUUUUGCAGAACCAACGGGAAUCGUUUAGGCAAAAGCUUGCAUCGACGAAAGCCUUGAGGGACGCUCUGUUUAACGCUAGCGCUGUAAUCGAAAGUAGGGCGUCAACAAGGCUGGGUGAGAAUGUCAAGCUGCUCACAUUCGUCAGCAUCUUCUUUCUUCCGCUUGCAUUCACCACCUCUCUUUGGAGCGUCAACGAUCAGUUCUCCAUGACAGCACUCAUAUACGUUGUAAUAAUAGUCGCGUUAGUGACCUAUUUCAUCAUGUUUAACAUCAACAGCUUGGCUCAAGGCUUUGGCCGGGUAUACGACAACAAGAAAAAGUAUAUUGUACGCGCAAUGAAACGUGACCGCAAGCAAGCCUGGAAGCAGCGCGGUCAAAGAUUCGAGGUCUUCCGUCCGAAGCACGAGAGUCCAGAGCCGUCUGAGUGGUACAUACCGUUCUACGCCCUGCUGCAUCCUGCAGUCGCGUUAGGUUUGGAUCGCAGGGAAGGAUUAACUAACAGCCGUCCGACGACUGAAAUUGAGAAAGUAUAUGAACCGUCAAAGGGUGGUCUUGCUAGACUGUUUGGAAGACGGAAACGCCCGACCGAAGAGGAGGUGAACGAUCAGCCUUGGGUCAUUGAAUAG